CGGGCGGACUGUCGAAUUGUUUCGACGGCACGAAGACUCAAGUUUAGUUUGCCAUGAAAGAAUCCUUCCGUUUUCAUUUCCAAGGAACGAGAUAGAAUUAGGCUUGUAAUAUGAACGUGUGCAAAACCGAGUCGAUUAGCACUUUGAGCGAGCAGGAGGACGACCUCGAUUUCGAGGGGUCAAUCAUUUGGUCCCAAGAGGAACCGCUUUCCUCGAACGAGAUUUUAGAAUUUCAACCGGAACCUGAGAAUGAGAAUCGGCUCAAGUCUCUCUGCCGUUUAUGCGCCGGAGAAACCCCAAAUCCGAUUUAUAUUUAUUCCGAGUUCGGAGAAUCCCUCAGACUUUUGCAUAAAAUAAACACCUGUCUCAGUAUUAAGGUAAAAAAAACUGAUCCUCUUCCGAAGCAACUCUGUCCGACUUGCGUCGAAAAGAUCACCUGGUGCAACGACUUCGACGUGCAAUGCAUCAGAGCCGAGGAGACCCUCUUCGAGAUUUUAAAGCAAAGACAUUCGUUCAACAACUCCAAAAGCGAUGGGAACACCGAAGAGAAUUCAGAUUGCUGUCCGUUAUGCGUGGAAGGACGGAUGAGAGUAUAUGAAGAAGAUAAGGAAUCAAGGAAAGACAUUGAACUGUACGAUAGCGACAUCGUCCUCGAGAGCAGCGACGAAGAACAGAUUCCUAACGAGAUUAAAAUAGAAGAAGAACCAGAAAACGAAUCUAUAACGCUGGUCUGUCUAGGUACCAAACAGAAGUACUUGAAAUGUGGGGCUUGCAUGAAUCUGUAUCAUACGAAAGAGACUCUGGACGAGCAUAAAUGCAAGCCUAACUUGCAGUCUACUUCAAAACCGUACAAGUGCGAGGUUUGCUUCGCGACAUUCACUUUUGAGGAGAGACUGCAGUUCCAUCAAAAUUUUCACAAAGAUGCGAAGGCGUUGUACUGCGACAUUUGCAAGAUCACUUUCGGCAAGGAAUUGAAAUUGUAUUAUCACUACAAAAGGUAUCACUGCAAGGAUGGAAGAGUCUCCUGUUUGCAGUGUGGAAAGUUAUUUGAAAAUCAGGAUGGGUUGAAGAAACACGUUUGUGUAGAUGGGAAGACGAGGCCUCACGUCUGCGAGGUCUGCUCUAAGGGAUUCUGCGACGGAUACACUUUGAAACGACACGUGGUCACUCACCUCCCAGAGAAGCCUUAUAAAUGUCCGGAGUGUUCAAAGAGUUUCACACAGAAGUCGAGAUUGAACAAACACGUGGCGGGUCAUAGUAUCAUCUUCGAGAACAGUCAAACCAUUUGGAGAUGCGUUUGCUGCGGCGAAGCGUUUGGUAGCUGUGAAUCCGCGGACGAGCAUUGCAAGAAGCACGAGGAGAAGAUCAGUUUGAUCGAAGAAUUACAAGUACUAAAAUUGUACCACUGUGAAUUCUGCAGCAGUCAUUUUGCAGACAUGGAGCACUUGAAGAGCCACAGAGAGACUCACGUUAUUGAAACACCGUACUCUUGCACCCAGUGCAAUUCCAUAUUCAAGUCAUUCGCUGAGGCUGUCCUUCACUGGAAGGAACACCCGAGGAUAUUCAAAGUAUUGGUGGUGUUCUUCUGCGAGAUCUGCGACAAAGAUAUGAAAGAGCUGUCCUUGUUAUACAAACAUAAGCAGAAGAGGCACCAGCCUGUGGCUAGGAAGUCUGAGAAAGGGAAGGAGAAGUUCAUCUGCGAACUUUGCGGUAGCGUGUUUGCUAGCAUUGAAGAUUUUCAAGAGCAUGGCAAGUACAGGUGCUCUAAGUUCCCUUGCGAUAUCUGUGGGAGUCUUUUACCAACCGCCAAUUCAUUGAAUGCACACAAGAGGAGGCAUAGUGGCCUAAGACCGUAUGUUUGCAAUAUCUGUGGGAAGAGUUAUACACAGUCUAGCCACAUGUGGACGCACAAACGGUUCCACAUGGGCGUGAAACCAUACGCCUGUGAAUACUGCGACCAGAGAUUCACAAUAAAGCCCGACCUGGCUGAUCACACCAGGAAGAAGCAUACAAGGGAAAGACCGUUCAAAUGCGACGUUUGCAACAAGGCUUUCUUAACCGGCUCAGUGUUCUACCAACACAGAUUGAUACACAGAGGCGACCGGAGAUACAAGUGCCACUACUGUGAAAAGGCAUUCACCCGGACAGAGGCUUUGAACAAUCAUAUAAAAAUUCAUACUGGUGAGAAGCCUCACGCUUGCGACGUUUGUGGCAGAUGUUUCAGGCAAAAAGGAGACAUGAGGAAACACAGACGGACUCAACAUACUGCCAAACAAGAUACAAAGUAGAUUAAACUUCGAAUAUUAUAGGAUAUUUGUUCUGUUUUAAUUCCCUGUUUCGAUUCAUAGUUUUAACGAAUGUUCUCUGAUUAAUGAAAUGUAAAUAAAAGGACUUUAUAUAAUUUCGCGUUAUUUCUGAAAUCUCUCGGAAUUAUAAAUCCCGUAAACAGUACAAAUUGUAUAAAUUGACGGAUAAGAUUCACGUUUCUUCGGAUUAAAAAUUAGAAAAGCAUUAAG